CUCGCGAGACUUGGGUACGUCCCAGUACUUCCAUCAUGGCGGGCAGUAAGUUGGUGUUAGAAGGCAGAGUGAGUAUAAAGAGCUUUAUUUUAGGCCUCAGCGUUGUCCUUAUCCCGCUUAUUAGGACCUGGUUUGGACACCUGGACUGGGUAUUUGAUUAUCUGACAGAGACUCUAGGAAAAAUUGCCAUCUGUGUCCACAUUGCGGCUAUUAACGGCCUUCUGCUUGUCAUAUACAGAGGACCCGUGUACAAGGUUGCUGUCAGGGCCUGCUUCCUGGGAGUCACCUUCGGCUGCGGCUUAAUCAUAAGCUUCUCUGACACCACGUGGACACAUUUUGGCUGGUACAUGUGCUCUCUUUCGUUCUUCCAUUACUCCGAGUACCUGGUGACUGCCGUUAUUAACCCUCGCAGCCUGUCACUGGACUCGUUCCUGCUCAACCACAGUUUGGAGUACACGCUGGCUGCUGUGUCUUCAUGGCUGGAGUUCACUGUGGAGAAGCUCAUAGUUCCAGAGCUGAAGCAUUUAAACUGGAUCAGUUUGGUUGGACUGAUCAUGGUGCUGUGUGGUGAGGGGCUGCGGAAAGCAGCCAUGUUGACGGCAGGCUCCAACUUCAACCACAUCGUCCAGAAUGAGAAAGCCCAGAGCCACAUACUGGUCACCACCGGGGUCUACGCCUACUUCAGACACCCGUCCUAUGUAGGCUGGUUCUACUGGAGUAUAGGAACUCAGGUUCUGCUGUGCAACCCCAUCUGCAUUGUGGGCUACACGAUAGCCAGCUGGCGCUUCUUCCGGGAGCGGAUAGAAGAGGAGGAACUCUCCCUGAUCCAUUUCUUUGCUGAGGACUACGUGGAGUACAAGAGGAAGGUUCCCACUGGGCUGCCCCUCAUCUCUGGCAUCCGUGUCAACUAGUCCCCACAUCUGGACUCUUAAGCCCAAAAGACUUAAAGCUCCAAAGCAGGUCAGACCUGGUGGUGAUGUGUUGUCUGCUGUAGCAGCUGCCGCCCCCUGGAGGUGACACCCUGCCACUGGCUGAGAUCCUGUAGCACCAACAGCCACAGAGGCAGCUGUGAUGGCUGCGGGCAGCUGGGCUGCUGUUUUCCUACCAACCUCCAGUAUGAGAACAGAGAACCUCAGAUGUACACGUAUUUCUACUCUUCCUCAUCCAUCUCAGCUGUUUCUGUCUGCAUGCUUUCACCAUGUUUACAGGUUUCCACUCAACCUGAACCCUUCUGAGUAUGUCAGUUGAGUUCAUGUUUUUAAAGUAGAGGGAGUCCGGUUAAGGUUUUUACAAAUUGAAUAUAUUUAAGAUGGAGAGUCUGAUGGUUGGGUCUAAAUCUUGUAUUGAUUUUCUUCUGCAGCUCAUGCUCACUUCCUCACCAUAAAACCACUAUUUAGAACUGACACCUCAGCUGCUCUCCAAGGUUGUAACGAACAGUACCGUUCCUGGAUUUGUUUGGCAUCAACAUGGCAGUGUUAAUAUAAAAGUCGUGCUCUAUCAUUUGUCCUUUCUCAUUUUGAGCUUGUUCUUUUUCUGUCUCCUGUUCAUAUUUUUCUGUCUGCAUGUCUGCUGAUUUAAAGAUGAUAAAUGAACCUUUCUCUUCAUAAAUUAGCUCACAUCGGACAAUCACAGUGCCCGGACACUGGGCUGUGUGGAAGGAGAAGAUAUAGUGAUGUAGACUGCUGGAGAAAACAUGGCUGAACUCCAUGUGCUUUUGGAGACCCUCUCUCUGUGAAUCCAUUUUUUGUUUUUCUAAUAAUGUUUUCUAAAAGGAAAACUGAUGUGAAGAACAACAGACUAAAGCCAGAAUGGCAAAAUUACUGCAAAAGGACCAGUGGGCAAAAGUUGAGUUAUUUAGUGUUAGACAUGUAUGUGUCUGGGAGGCUUGAAUGUAUCAAAGUCUCCGGUAGGUUUCUGCUUAUUUUUCACUUUCUCAGUGAGACACAGCAGAAAGAACCAGCAGCUUGUUUCUUGUUCUAUGGUUUCUGCUGUUUAACACACCUGUAAUCUGAGCAUGCUCACCAAUAUUAUGAUUAGGAUGUCUGUUUGACCUACUGAACUUUGGCUUCUUAUAAAACUGUAGAGCAGAACAUGGAAAGGGAGCAGAGUUGUUAAACUGUGGUUAUUUGAUAUGGCAUCCUCUCAUUUCCACCUGCCUCACUUCAUCAGCAUCACUUUGUUCCACAAAGCAGCCACACAAUGGUGCUGGAGGUUGGUGCAGGUUUUGAAGGUGGCUGAAUGUGCAGGUCAUUUUCUUGGAGAUGUUUUCCUCUCCAUAAACACUCAUCUGAAUGUGUUGCACGCUGUAGAAGCAUUUAGAGACACAAGGCAUGGGGACUUAACGUUCUGUUUACUCUGAUCAUUUAUGACAGGACUGUGGUCUACCUUUAAACAACUGUAGCACAAACUUGGAUGUCCUGGUCUCUCUUAUAACAGCUCCUAGAUUGGAACCAUGGGCAGCAGUAAGUUCCACAGUUGUCCUAAUAAAACUAUCGCAUGAGUACAUAAAUAAACCCACACAGACCAAAGUAUAACACACCUUUAGGUGUGUUCAUGUUACAGUAAGGUGGUAAGGAGUUUAGAUUUUUAGUUUCUAGUCUUCUUGGCCACCCUCUAUUUUUGUAUAGGUUGAGGAAGAGUUGUGGCCAGGAUAUUGCAAUAAAGGCUUGAUCUCCACCACUCAUAAUCAAGUCUUCCCUCGUUAUUUCCUAAUUCCGAAACAAAGACCAGAAAAAUAUGGAAAGGCCUCUGAGAUUUUCCACUAGUAGAAGGUCUGACUGGUAGUGAGCCAUUGGAUAUAGUCCUGCUAGAUAGCUUUUCAGUCUGAGCAGAGCAGUCAUGUGGUUUCCCAUCCGCAUGGUGGAAUUGGGUCAAUCCAGCUUUAGCAAGUAAAAUCCCUGCGUAGUUUUCCUUCAUCCAGUUCACUUAACCAGGUGAUUUUAGUCCCUGUCUCUGGUGGGGAGCUGGGAGUGAAAAUGGUUGAAAGUUAUCUCUGUUUUCUACAUGUGUACAUGUUUUCUACUUUCUGGAAUAAUCCCCUCUAUGAGCAUGGCACGGUACCGUUCUCUGCACCAGGUGUGAAAUGUGUGGCAUAUAUCUCUAUGGUCAAAACAACGUACACCCUCUUUAUUCCUGUGGUUUAAUAUGAAAAUAAUCUGGUUUUUAACAGGUUCUAAAGGUAUUCAGUUCUAAAACACCAGUGAUUCCACCAUUACAUUUAGUAACAGAGUAUCCUAUUUAGUAGGACAAAACAGAAAAAUUUGAAUAUUUAGAAUUCUGAAAGCCUACAUUUUGAGGGGGUGUACUUUUCUUUUUACCUUGGCAAAA